AUGGCACCCGCGCAAUACCCCUUCCCGAGCCAGCCAGGGUAUCAGAAAGUCCUCCGAGAUAGGCUCAUGGCGAAUCAAGAGCACUCGGAGCAGUAUCGGGAGGUCAUUGAUCAGUAUCGUCGCCUAGCUCGUACGACCAGAGAGCUGAAGAUCCGCAACCGCGCUCUACUACGCUCAGGAACAGGUCCCAGCGCUGGAUCAGACGGUCUCCUUACCCAUCUCGAAUCGCAGCUCACACUACUCCGAGCGGAGCUCUCGACGCUAUACCGUACCCAGGCUGCUGCUCAGAACAAGCAGCUCCAGCUGUCGGACUCGCUCAGAGACAGGGACGAGGAGGUUCGAGGGUUGAGAGAGGAGAUACGGAUAUUGAGGGAGCAGAAGGAGAUGGUGGGGCGGAGAGAGGAGGAAUGGGGAGAAAGAUGGAGAGCGAGAGGAAGGGAUGUCGAGACGUUGAAUGACGAAUUGCUAUCCCUCAAUCUCGAGCUUUCAUCGCUACAGCAGCGUAAUACGGCACUCCAAACGGAUAACGCUCAACUACUCCAACGGUGGCUGGACCGGAUGCAGGAGAAUGUGGACGGGAUGAACGAGGAGUUUGAGCGGGAAGCUGGAGCAGCCGUUCCGGCGGGUAGCGCGCAGGGCAGACCCAGCGCAAAGGAGGGAGAAGUGGAUGAUGAUGAUGGCGUCGUCGUAGAGACAGCGGCGGAGCUGCCAGUACCCGUACCAGAGAAAAAGGCGGACAUUAAAGAGAAGGAAGCGCCCGCUCGACCUCGGGUAUCCUCUGCCGCACCCCCUCCUGCGGCCUCCACCACCACAACGGCGCGAUCUCUUUCUGGAAGCAAGGUCGAUGAACGCCGGCGGAUGUUCGAGACGAAGUCUACCUCGGCCAAACCAGCGAACGGACCUGGACCCUCGGGGACGGCGGCGAAGGAGGGUUUUCGGCUCGGCGGGAAAGCGAAAGCACCCAGCGUCAGCGAUGACCGGCCCGCCGCUUCUGCGCAUAUCGGAUCGGAGGUCGGACGGGGCGGCGGCUCAGAUGUCGACGAAGGCUGGGAGGAGCUCAACGCUUCGGUCGCGGCUGGGGUGGUCGCGGCUGGGGUGGUCCCGGGGCCCGCUGGUCAGACGGCAACGGGCGAUGAGGAAAGCCCACCAGUGGCUGAUGAUGAAGAGGAUGCAGAUGGAGAAGGAUGGGAGGAGGCGAGAAGAGCAGCUUGA